AUGAAGUACGGUAAAAAGAGGUCCAGACCUUCAACAAACUCAGAUGAAAGCUAUCCAAAGAGACCAAGGGAAAAGCAUGGAAGACUGGAAAUAAGAAAUGUUACCAGAACAACGAGAAGAGGUGAAUACAAGAAUGACGAAGAGGAAGUAGAACAAGAAGUUGAUUCUGAAGUUGAAAGUGCUGAUGAAGAAACAGCUCAUGUAGAUAAAAAGGAAGACAUUCCAUCUGGUGCAGCAUACAAUGCUUUGCUAACGCUUUUAAAGUCUGACCUGGAUUUGAAAAAAACCGCCAAGGCUAGAAAUGAUGAAGAUAUUUCAGCUAAUGAUGAUAACAGUUCAGACGAGGAGAAAGAAGGAGGUGAAGAUGAUGAGGAAAGUGAGGCUGAAGAUGAAGUUGCUGGUGCCAAUAUUGAUAACUCAGAACCUGAAUCUGACGAAGAUGAUGUUAUAGAUGAGAACGAAGACGAAGAAGAAACCAAGGAUCCAUUCGAAGCACAUUUUAAUCUUCAAAGUGAACAAUACCUUGAUAGACAAACCGAAGUUUUGAAAGAAAAGGUAAGAUGGCCUAUAACUUCAAAGAAAACAUAUUCCCUGGGAUAUUCUUCUUUAUUACAAGCAGCACCAGACUCGCCAGCUCCAGUUGCUUCCAAUGAUGUACCAUUUCUGGAUAGACAAUUUUCUGAUUAUCUGAUUAAACAUAGAGUUUUACAAUCAUACACAAAGGUCUAUGAAUCACUUGAUGAUAAUGAUAAGAUGUUGUUGGAUCCAAUAAUGAGUUACAAAGAUGUGAAUUUCCCAUACAAAUCGUUCAACAAUACUUUUUAUCGUAAGCUUUAUUUGUUGCAUAUCCUCAACCAUAUCAAUAAAACAAGAGAUAGAGUUCUCAAGAACAAUAACAAACUACAUAGUGUUCAAGAAGCAAUCAAAGCAGGCAAAACCGGAGUUGAAGAGCCAGAAUUAAGAGAUCAAGGGUUUACUAGACCAAAGGUUUUAAUUUUACUCCCAACCCGUGAAUCUUGCUAUGAACUUGUUGAAAUGUUAAUUAAGAUCUCCGGCAGUGAACAACAAGAAAAUAAGGGGAAAUUGAAUAAACAAUUCCAUACUGAUAGUAUCCCUCCUGAAUAUAAACCUGAUGAUUUCAGAGAUGCCUUUAAGGGUAACAACAACGAUUUCUUUUGUUUAGGAAUUAAAUUCACCAGAAAGACUUUGAAGUUGUAUUCAUCAUUUUAUACUUCAGAUAUUAUAAUUGCUUCUCCUAUUGGUCUUUCAAUGAUUUUAGAGAAUCCUGAUAAGAAGAAGAGGCAAUAUGAUUUCCUUUCAUCAAUUGAAAUCUUAAUCAUUGAUAGAGCCCAACAAAUUGAAAUGCAAAACUGGGAUCAUGUAAAUACAGUCCUCAAGUACGUUAAUAAGAUUCCAAAGGAAUUCCACGAUGCAGACUUUUCAAGAAUUAGAAUGUGGUCAAUUAAUGACCAAGCACAUCUUUUGAGACAAAAUUUGGUGUUUUCAGAAUAUCAAUCCCCAAACAUCAAUAAUAUAACAACAACCAAAUCUUUUAAUCUUGCUGGGAAGAUGAAGUUUAAGGCUGUGAUUAAUAAUGAUAAUUGUAUCAUGAAUUCUAUUGGAUUAAAAUUGAAACAAAUUUUCCAUAGAUUUGAAUCACCAAGUCCAAUGAGUGAUCCAGAUACUAGAUUCAAAUUUUUCAUUAAUACCAUUUUACCUUCAUUAACGAGAACAACAUCUUAUGAAGACGGUUUACUUAUCUACAUACCAUCAUACUAUGAUUAUUUACGAGUAAAGAACCAUAUGAUGGACCAUACGAAGCUUACUUUUGGAAGUAUAGAUGAAUAUUGCUCUCAAGCUCUGUUAUCCAGAACAAGAGCUGCUUUUGCAUCUGGAAAGAUAAAAGUUUUACUUUACACUGAAAGAUUACAUUAUUUCAGAAGAUUUGAAAUGGGGGGUGUUAAAAAUUUAUUAAUGUAUGGGUUACCAUCAAACCCAAUUUUCUAUAAAGAACUUGCCCGUUUCAUUGGUAAAUCAGUUUUCAAAGGAGAGGCAGACUUGGAUCUUUCCUUCAUGAAGGUUAUGUACUCUAAAUGGGAUGCCACUGUGCUUGAGCGUAUCAUUGGACGUCAAAGAGCACCAGUCUUAUGUAAUUCACCAAAUGAAAUGUUUGAAUUCCGUUAA